CACAUUGAAACAUCCAAGCCUAGCUAGCUAUUUUCAUCAGCAAUGUUCUAAAAGCUAUAGCCUCACAAUGAAUGAAUCCUCUUCAUGAUCACCCUAUCUUGUUUGAUCAUGGAGGCAAAGAUGAUGUAUGAGACCAUUUUCGCCAGAAGCUUUAGUCGGUAUGAGCAGAAAAAAUUGGGAUAUGGCGCGUUUGCUGUUUGCUUGAUCACCACUUUCACCAUUUUCACUGUGUUUAAGCCUUACUUGGGUCCUCUACCAGUGUUGAAUUUACGGUUGUCAACGGGGGGUUUCAAGAUGCUAAUGGUGGAGGAUACGACCAGUACCCAGCAAAUAGAGAUUAGAAGAAAGGAAAUGGAGGCUUUAGUAUGCAAUAUUGAACCCAGGUCAGAUUUUUGUGUGAUCAGUGGGGAUGUUAGGGUUCAUGGGAACUCAUCCACCGUUUUUAUUGCUUCAUCAGCUCCAGUGGACAUCUUGCCUGAGAAUGGUUCAUGGAGCAUAAGACCUUAUGCUCGGAAAGGAGACGCAAGAGCAAUGAAGCACAUUAAGAACUUCACAGUGAAAAUGACAACGGGUCGUCAACAUCUCCCACAUUGCACUCAAAACCACACUGUUCCAGCCAUCCUUUUCUCCCUCGGAGGAUAUUCUGGAAACCAUUUUCAUGCCUUUAGUGACGUCCUGAUCCCACUGUAUUUGACUUCCAGACAGUUCAAUGGAGAAGUACAGUUUCUUGUGACUUCAAAAUCGUUAUGGUGGAUCGCAAAAUUCAGAAUACUACUUCAAGAGUUGUCCCGAUAUCCCAUCAUUGACAUUGAUAGAGAAGAAGGAAUCCAUUGCUUCUCCAGCGCCAUCAUCGGCCUUAAGUGUCACAAAGAGCUGGACAUCGACCCUUCAAAGUCUCCAUACUCCAUGAAAGACUUCAGGGAGUUCUUGAGAAGCUCAUACUCACUGAAGAGAGCUACAGCAAUCAAAGUAAGAGACGGUACUGACACCAAAAAACCACGGCUUCUGAUCAUUGCAAGAAAGAAGUCACGUUCAUUUACAAAUGAUGGCAAAAUCGCUGAAAUGGCCAGAAGCUUGGGGUAUGAAGUAAUUGUUGCAGAGCCAAAUGGGACAGAAAUAUCAAGAUUCGCAGAACUGGUGAAUUCUUGCGAUGUACUGAUGGGAGUUCAUGGAGCUGGGCUUACAAACAUCGUCUUCCUCCCUGAAAAUGCAGUCCUGAUCCAAGUAGUUCCCUUGGGUGGGCUGGAAUGGGUGGCUAGAUAUGACUUUGGAUUGCCGGCAGUGGACAUGAAGAUAAGGUAUAUAGAGUAUCAGAUAAAGGAAGAAGAGAGCAGCCUGAUAGAGAAAUACCCACAUGAGCAUGCAGUUCUAAGAGAACCCCAUUCAAUUACAAAGCUGGGAUGGCUAGAGCUUAAGGCAGUAUACCUGGACAAACAGAAUGUAAAGCUUGAUUUGAAUAGGUUUAGGAACACCUUGUUGCAAGCCCUUCAGCUUCUGCAUUAGCGUAUCUGUUUAUUUGAUUGUUUCCUUCCUGUUUAUCUUUUGCAUUUUUUAAAUCAAUAAUUAAUAGUUGAUUAGUUUUCA